CUUCCGCUUGACAUCUUUGGAAUUCGCCGUUUUUGUCAGGCCCAUCAAUGAUGUUGCUGGGUUGCUGUGUUAGUGUCUGACCACUUGUUGUCUCUUGAUAAAUUUCUUCUGUAUAAUCACUUCACUUCAGUUUAGAAAUGGGUAGAAAUAUCUACGUUGUGACAAAUAGCGUUGUUAUCAAGCCGUAGGCCAAGUAUGGAUGGUUUGAAUUCAGGAUGCGAAUUGUUCGAGACUGUGGAUGCUUUCAUUUUGAAAGGUCGCGAAUCAUGCCUUUGGUGCAAUCGUUUGGAUGGACGCCUGAUCGUUCGCAGCUUGAGUGAGUUCAAGAAUGCUUGGGAGCCUAUCAGUCUGGGCAUUGUAUACGGCUGCAUUGGUAAAAUUCGCCUGCUCUCGGAUGGAGAAUGGCGACUUUUGCUUAUUUCUCACCGAACACCAGUGGGCAGGAAUGUCAAUGGUCACUCCAUGUACCGCAUCGACAGAGCUGCGGCUAUUUCCAUGGCACCGGACGAUGCUAGCGAGCUAGAGCUUGACGUUAAUAACCAGUCUCAGCUAGUGAACCAGAAGUCUCGACUGAAGCGCUUGAACAACCCACGGCAGAAGGCGUUUCUGCAGACUCUGAGCACGUACCGAGCAAGUCAAACACUAAAGCCAAAGGCAAGUGAGCACCCAUGCCGGCCGCAUGUCGCACUGUGUACUGUUCUUCUUCAUUUCAAGAUCAGUUGUUGA